CAGGUCACAUCAGCAUCCAAGCUGGCUAGCGACAACAUUAGCCUCUAAAAUAGCCAAGUAGCAGCGCACAAUUGUGUCAGAGAACAUUCACGAUGUUUUACCUUCAGCGUCCUUGUCCCCCGACAAGGUUUUAGAGGCAGCUUUUGAGACCAGAUAUCCGACAAACAGAAGAAAGGCAGUGGACGGAACCCUGUCCACAGCCCGCAUCAUUGCAGAUGUGUGGCUCAACGUUUAUCAAAACUCAACCGUUCUUAGUCUUUCAAAAACUCAUUCGCCGUUUAUUCCAAAAAGAAGUCGACGAUCCAUAAUUCCACUUCCAUGCCGUUAUCUUUCCGGUUCUUACAUCCCCAACCCGGGAACGACUUGAUUCGUUUUUCCACGAUUGUCCGGGGUCAGUAGGAAGACAGCCCUGCGCCUCAGAGCCACAUGCCCCACAAUAGAGCACCAACAGGCGGCUAACUCCAAACGCACUACCGUUGACAUCGAAGGAUAUCCAGCGCCUCUUGUCGGUUUACUGUACAGUCAUCAUCCUGUUUACGUGAUGGAGGUUAUCGUCAACAAGGCCCUUAUUCUUGAAUAUAAUAGCACAUUGGAAAAAUGUGUUGGCUAUACAAAACUGGGAAAACUGACGGCGGAAAUCCUCAACCACAACCAACACUUCAUCAACGACGAAAAAAGGAAUGCAGCCAUAUGCAGAUAUUUCCCUGAAUUUUACGACACAAUAAUGCAAACAGUUGAGCCCAGAGCUUGGGUCCAUUCAGUUGAGGCCAAAAAUGGGAAACAUGCAGCAAUGCUUGUCUGCAGUGUGAACAACUUUUAUCCCAAAGAAAUCAAAGUGAUGUGGCUGAGAAAUGGGAAAAACGUCACGUCUGGGGUAACAAACACAGAUGUCUUGGCUGAUGGAAACUGGCUUUAUCAGAUCCACUCUUUCUUGGAGUACACGCCAAAACCUGGAGAAACAAUCACCUGUGUGGUGGACCAUGCCAGUCUUGAUCAGCCGAUGCUUAAGAACUGGGAGCGCUUUUCUGAGCCAGAGAAGAUCAAGAUUGCUGUGGGGUCCUUUGCAAUUCUGAUGGGACUCGGCAUUUUUCUUGCGGGCCUGAUUUAUUACAAAAAUAAGACAGGAAGAACCUUGGUGCCGACCCAAAUGUGAAUCAUCUGUUCUCCACCAGGAACAAAGCAUGAGGAAUAUAAAUAAAUUGUUCCACAUUUCUUUCACUAUUUUUUCAACAAUACCUGUAUAUCCUGAUUACCAGCUGUUAGUUUAAACAGUCUUUGUUGAUGAUCCUGUAACAGUUAAUUUCUGGCUCUAAACAUGACCAACAUGCUAUUGUAUAUGUUCUAUUGAAAAUGUUUCCAUUGAGCAAUAAAUAAUGGCAGUCAAUCAAUCGAAUUUAAUACAUUAAUGAGUUAAAUCAUACAAUCGUACAAUUGUCUUUAAUGUGUCCUGUUUGUCUUUAAUGACUUUUCACUCCUCACUUUGGGACUAAUAAAGGUGAUUUAAUCUAAACUAUUCUAA